AUGACAUCUAUGGAGAACAGAUCUGAAGCGAAUGAGUUCAUCCUAACAGGAUUAACAGAUGUCCCAGAGCUUCAGCUUCCUCUCUUCAUAAUGUUCACCUUCAUCUACCUCAUCACCCUGAUAGGGAACCUGGGGAUAGUAGUUCUGAGCUCCUGGGAUUCUCGCCUCCACACCCCCAUGUACUUUUUCCUCAGUAACCUCUCUCUGGUGGAUUUUGGCUACUCUUCAGCUGUGACUCCCAAGGUGAUGGCAGGGCUCCUCACAGGUGACAAGGUCAUGACAUAUAAUUCAUGUACUGCACAAUUUUUCUUCUUUGUGGCUUUUGUUACUACUGAAAGUUUCCUUUUAGCUUCCAUGGCCUAUGAUCGCCAUGCAGCUAUUUGUAAGCCCCUACAUUACACCACCACCAUGACACCAACUGUAUGUGCACAUCUGGCCAGUGGUGCUUACAUCUGUGGCUUUCUGACCUCCUGCAUAGUCAUAGGAAGCAUGUUAAGCCUUUCCUUUUGUAAGUCCAAUGUGGUCCAUCACUUUUUCUGUGAUAUUCUCCCUCUUCUUGUUCUCUCCUGCUCUGAUAUUCACAUCACUGAGUCACUAGUAUUUAUCUUAGGGUCACUCAAUACAUUUUGCCCAUUUCUUGUCAUCUUUACCUCUUACUUGUUAAUCUUCAUCACCAUCUUGAAGAUCCAUUCUGCAGAAGGCCGCCAGAAAGCCUUUUCCACUUGUGCUUCACACCUCAUAGCAGUGUCCAUAUUCUAUGGGACAAUCAUCUUCAUGUACUUACAACCCAGCUCAAGCCAUUCCAUGGACACAGCCAAAAUAGCUUCAGUGUUCUACACCAUAGUCAUCCCUAUGUUGAACCCUCUGGUUUAUAGUCUUAGGAACAAAGAGGUCAAGAAUGCUUUUAGAAAAGCUGUAAAGGGACAACGACUUCAAUUAGAUCAUUUUUUUCCCUAG